UUCAACAUGGCUGCCUCCCAUAUUCACAUGUGGUAGGCAAUCUCUUGUACGUGUAAUUCAUGUCUUAAAUAUUAAACCAGUUAUAUUUUGGGGUAAGUUCACAAACUCUCCUGAACAAGGUCAGCAAUAAGGCAGAAAAAUAGUAGUUCCACGAAGAUCAGAAGAUGCAGCACGACGACGUUAUUUGGGACGUAAUAGGAAACAAACAGUUCUGUUCCUUCAAAGCCAAGACAAAAAAUCAGAAUUUUUGCCGAAAUGAAUACAAUAUCACUGGGCUUUGUAACCGCUCAUCAUGUCCACUGGCAAACAGUCAGUACGCAACCGUCAGAGAGGAAAAAGGUCAGUGUUUUCUGUACAUGAAAGUCAUCGAAAGAGCAGCUUUUCCUGCACGGAUGUGGGAGAAGGUGAAGUUGAGCAAAAAUUACGAGAAGGCUCUGGAGCAGAUAGAUGAAAACCUCAUCUACUGGCCUCGCUUCAUCCGGCACAAGUGUAAACAGCGCUUCACCAAGAUCACGCAGUACCUGAUCCGCAUCCGCAAGCUCACACUCAAGCGACAGAGAAAAUUGGUUCCUCUCAGCAGAAAAGUGGAAAGGCGAGAGAAAAGGAGAGAGGAAAAGGCCCUUAUCGCUGCCCAGCUGGAUAAUGCCAUAGAGAAAGAAUUGCUGGAGAGACUGAAACAAGGAACCUACGGAGACAUCUAUAACUUCCCUGUCCAUGCAUUUGACAAAGCGCUAGAGCAACAGGAUGAGGAGAGUGAGACGGACUCAUCGGAGGGUGAAGAGGAGGAGGAUGAUGAGGAUGUUGGGAAGAAAGAAUUUGUUGCCGAGGAUGAAGUUGAAGAGAGUGAUAUCAGUGACUUUGAGGAAAUGAACAAUCUGAAGGCCAGCAGCGACGAGGAUGAAGAUUCUAGUGAAGAGGAGGAGGAAUCUGAGGAGGAGAUGGAGACAGAGGUGAAGAAGCAUAAGGAGGCUGCAGCCUCAAGGGCCAAGGGGAAGUCGAAAGGAAAGAUGCCACUCAAAGGUCCCUUCAGGAAGAAACGGGCCUACGUGGAGAUUGAGUAUGAGCAGGAAACUGAGACUGUUGCAAAGAGCAAGGCCACAUAGACUACCUCCACCCAUAACGUACUGUGAGCACACCACCCUGCCCAUGCCAUACGGGAUGUGAUUGGCUGAUUCCUUUAGUGCAAUGGAAUCAGUCAGUGCAGUGGAAUAUUAUGGACCAUGUUGCCUUCUGAGACCCUGAUCUGAGAUCUGCAUUUGCUGCAGUGUCUCUCAGUCAAAGUGACUGGAUUGGGCCACUGACAAUAUUAAAAUAACAUGCAAGUUGUUCUGGGUAUUAUAUGUGGAUAUACAUCCAAUUAUGUAAGUUCGUGUG